AUGUCGACAACAAAACGCAAAGCGCCGGUCAAGCUGGCUGCGCCCGUUUCUCGAACCAGUGCUCAAAUCCCUAAUAAGUCCGCUAUCAACGAGUCAAAGGCCUCUAUCGGUGGCGCCGAGACUUUCGCUACAUCCCAGCCCGAGACUAUUGACAUCUCAUCCGAUGCCGACAGCGACGAAGAUCUCUCUGAUGCUGAGAGUAUCGCGGACCAGAAGGAGGAAGCGCAAACUGCUCAGGAACCCAGCGCAAAGGCCUUGAAGCAAAAGAUCAACGGUGAUACCAGCAAGGACGCGGAGUCAGACGAGGAGGGUGUUUCGCCUUCAUUUGGAGAGCUUCUCCGCGCCGAGGGCGAUAUCAUCGAUGUGCCCUCAGCCCUCAAUGGCGCAGUCGUCUCUCAGUCCACAAGGAACUCUCUUGUUCCUCGUACUCACCAGUCCCUUACUACCGUCCUUACUCAGGCCCUUCGCACCGACGACACAGACCUUCUCGAGUCUUGCUUCCACACCCCCGAUCGCGAUACUAUUCGCAACACCAUUGAGCGCCUCGACAGCUCUCUUGCCGGACUUCUCCUUAUCAAGCUCGCCGCUCGCCUGCACCGUCGUCCUGGCCGUGCUGAGAGUCUCAUGCAUUGGAUUCAGUGGACACUAAUUGCUCACGGUGGUGUUAUCGCAUCUCAGCCCAAGGUUAUCCACAGCCUCAGCAGUCUGCAAAAGGUCGUCUCUGAGCGCGCCAAGGGUCUCAACAGCAUUCUUGCUCUCAAGGGCAAGCUCGACAUGCUCGAGGACCAGAUGCACCUCCGACGCAAGAUGGCCAACCCUAAGCGUCGCAACGCUGGUGACUCGGGCUCCGAUGAAGAAGAGGACGACGAUGACGAGGAUGUUAUUUGGGUUGAGGGUGAAGAUGAGGCUGCACGCACACCUGGCCGAAGACGCGGCUUCGAAGGCGAUUUCGACGACUCUGACGAUGACGACGCCGAUGUUCCUAUCACCAACGGCUUUGUCGGUGACUCUGACGAUGAGGAGGUUUCAGCUGGCGAGGAAGAGGAUAGCGAGGCCGAUGAGUCUCUCGACGAGGAUGAGGUUAACCACGAUGAUGUGGACGAAUCUAUGGGUGAGGAUGAGGACAGUGAUGUUGAGGCUGCACCACCAGCCAAAUUGCAAAAGACUGGCAGCUCUAGCAAGCGGAGAUAA